AUGGCCAAUCCUUCCUAUCAUAACCCCAAUGUCCCGCCUGGUCAGUGGGACGCAUAUGCCUCCCAACCACAACAGCCGUAUUCAGGACAAAGCACCGACGACCUAUCGAAUCAGAUGGGCAAUCUUGGGAUCGCAGAAGCUCCAGGACAAGUUCCAGGAGCCAGGACACGAAAGAAGCAUCGCCAUGCCCACCAUGACAUAGCUGGAGCAUCGGCCUCAAACCACGCCAUGGGCGCGGAGGGCGCGCAACUCCUCAACACUCGACCGUUGUCACCAGCCGCAGGACUCCAGCCUGGACAGCCCUCGCAACAAGCUGGAGCGAGCUCCGUGAGCACACAACGCGGCGUCAAUUCUGAUGACAUUCCUUCUAUUCCAAAACUACGCCAGAUCUAUUCGGAUUACUAUAGCAAUCACGUUUAUCCCACCCUCGACAGACGGUUACCUCCACCCGCUUGUGUGCCAGUCGUCUCACAAGAUCAAGGAAACUCAGCGCCUCAGUUCGCUCGCCUUACGCUAAAUAGCAUCCCCGCUACCUCCGAGUUCUUAAGCCAGACCGCCCUACCCCUUGGCCUUAUCCUACAACCCCUAGCAAAACCAGAUACAGAAAUUCCAGUACUGAAUUUUGGGGAUCAGCAGGGUGGUCCUCCUCGCUGUAGGAGAUGUAGGACUUACAUCAAUCCCUUCAUGACCUUCCGAUCUGGCGGCAGCAAGUUCAUUUGCAAUAUGUGCACCUUUCCCAACGAUACUCCGACCGAAUACUUUGCGCCUUUGGACCCAUCCGGGGCGCGUGUGGAUCGCAUGCAACGCCCUGAAUUGAUGUUAGGCACCGUGGAGUUCCUUGUGCCGAAGGAAUACUGGAACAAGGAACCUGUGGGACUGCAGACACUCUUCUUGAUUGACGUGAGCCGCGAGUCAAUUCAGCGCGGUUACUUGAAGGCUGUUUGCGAAGGAAUUGUGGAAGCCCUGUAUGGCAUUGAUCCGAAAGACGGCGAGGAGACCGCACCCAAGCUCCCGACUGGCUCGACGGUUGGCAUUGUCACAUUUGACAGUGAGGUGCACUUUUACAACCUAACGGCAACAUUCGAUCAGGCGCAGAUGAUGGUUAUGACUGACUUGGAAGAGCCGUUCUUGCCACUGAGUGAGGGUCUCUUUGUGGAUCCGUACGAAUCUAAGUCCGUAAUCACAUCGCUUUUGAGCCGGAUACCCGGUCUCUUCGCGCAUAUCAAAAACCCCGAGCCGGCAUUACUCCCCGCACUGAAUGCAGCAUACUCAGCGUUGCAAUCGACGGGUGGAAAGAUUGUCUGCUCGUUAGGUAGCUUGCCUACGACCGGCCCCGGGCACCUGGAAAUGCGAGAGGAUCCUAAAGUGCACGGCACCGAUGCAGAACGUAAAUUAUUCAGUACAGAAAACCCCGCAUGGAAAAAAACUGCAAGCAAGCUGGCCGAGGCUGGUGUUGGUGUUGAUUUCUUCCUUGCGUCCCUUGGUGGCGCGUACCUCGACGUGGCAACUAUCGGACACGUCUCGGCCACUACGGGAGGUGAGACCUUCUUCUAUCCCAACUUCCAUGCACCUCGUGAUUGCUUGAAGGUGCGGCAAGAGAUUGCCCAUACCGUCAAAAGAGAGACUGGUUACCAAGCAUUAAUGAAGGUGCGCUGUUCCAACGGUCUUCAGGUGUCUUCAUACCACGGAAACUUUGUGCAAAAUACUCUUGGUGCCGACCUCGAACUCGGUAGCAUUGAUGCCGACAAAGCCAUGGGUGUGAUUUUCAGCUACGAUGGUAAACUAGAUCCUAAGCUGGACGCCCACUUCCAGGCUGCAUUACUGUACACCUCUGCAGACGGGCAACGACGGGUCCGGUGCAUUAACAUUGUAGCAGCGGUCAACGACGGUGGUAUUGAGACUAUGAAGUAUGUUGAUCAGGACGCCGUCGUUGCGAUCAUCGCCAAGGAGGCUGCAUCUAAGACACUUGACAAAUCUCUGAAGGAUAUUCGUGCCAACAUUUUGGAGAAGACAGUUGAUAUCUUGAGCGGCUAUCGCAGGAUCUUCUCAGGAUCUAAUCCUCCGGGUCAGAUGAUCUUGCCGGAGAAUUUGAAGGAAUUCACGAUGUACAUGCUUAGCUUGGUCAAAUCAAGAGCAUUCAAAGGUGGCAAUGAAUCCUCAGACCGCCGGGUUCACGAUCAACGAAUGCUACGGUCAUUCGGUUGUACGGAACUUUCCCUUUACCUCUACCCUCGUAUCGUUGCCAUCCACAACUUGCAGCCUCUAGAUGGGUUCCCAAACGAGCAUGGUCAACUUCAAAUCCCACCAACACUGCGUGCCAGCUUCUCAAAAAUCGAGGAGGGUGGUGCCUACCUUGUCGACAAUGGCCAGACAGUUCUGUUGUGGCUACAUGCACAGGUCUCGCCUAAUCUCUUAGAGGACCUCUUCGGGCCCGGGCAACACUCCCUCCAGGAACUCAACUCUAACAUCUCCUCCCUCCCCGUAUUGGAGACACAUUUGAACGCCCAGGUCCGCAAUCUACUACACUACUUUUCCACGGUGCGUGGGUCGAAGAGCAUGGCUAUCCAGUUGGCCCGGCAAGGCAUGGAUGGAGCCGAGUACGAAUUCGCCAGACUGCUGCUGGAGGACCGCAACAAUGAAGCCCAAAGCUACGUGGAUUGGCUGGUGCAUGCUCACCGACAAAUUAAUCUAGAGCUUGCCGGUCACCGCAAGAAGGAGGAAUCUACUAGUGAGGGUGCAUUGGCUAGUUUGUCUGCCAUGCGAGCACCCUAUUGGUAA